ACCUGUUUUGCCUGUAGUUCAUACCUACCUGCUGUUUUCUGUAAAUCCCUCCCCUGGAUCUGGGUCUAACUCUCUAUUAAGAUUUUUAGUUCUAUUAGUUGGCAUAAGAUGUGCUCUAGCUCUGAGACAGAAUGGCGUCUGGAUCUUCUCCCCUGGAAGAGGAGCUCUCCUGUCCUGUGUGCUCUGAAAUCUUCAGGGAUCCUGUUGUCCUGAGUUGCAAUCACAGCUCCUGUAAGGCCUGUCUGCAGCAGUACUGGGAACAGAAGGAAUCUCAGGAGUGUCCAGUUUGCAGGAGAAGAUCUUCUAAGGAUUGGCCUCCCCCUAAUAUGUCUCUGAGGAAUGCCUGUGAGGCUUUCUUAAAGGAGAGAAGUCAGAGAGCUAAAGCAGGAUCUGAAGUACUCUGCAGUCUGCACAGUGAGAAACUCAAACUCUUCUGUUUGGAGGAUCAAAUACCCGUCUGCCGUGUCUGCCAAACUUCAAAAAAACAUGAAAAUCACAAAAUGCGACCAGUUCAGGAGGCUGCAGAAGAGUAUAAGGAGAAACUCAGGACUGCACUGGCUCCACUGCAGGAGAAGCUAAAAGCCUUUAAUGUAGUUAAACAAGACUGUGACCAAAGAGCAGAGCACAUCAAGAGUCAGGCCCAGAACACAGAGAGACAGAUAAAGAUGGAGUUUGAGAAACUUCAGCAGUUCCUAAAAGAUGAAGAGGCAGCCAGGAUCGCUGCACUGAGGGAGGAAGAAGGGCAGAAGGGUCAGCUAAUGAAGGAAAAGAUUGAGAAGAUGACAGAAGGGAUAUCAUCCCUUUCGGAACAAAUCGGAGACAUAGAACAGGGGCUGGGAGCUGAAGACAUCUCAUUCCUGCAGAGCUACAAAGAUAUGGAGAAACGAGCCCAGUGCACACUACCGGAUCCAGAGAAGGUCUCAGGAGGGCUGAUUGAUGUGGCCAAGCACCUGGGCAAUCUGAAGGAUGGAGUGUGGGAGAAGAUGCUGGGGACUGUUCAAUACACUCCUGUGACUCUGGACCCAAACACAGCACAUCCUGAGCCCUUACUGUCUGAGGAUCUGACCAGUGUGAGACGCAGUGGGUCAGCUGAUCUGAGGAUUGUCCUGUUGGGAAAGACAGGAGCUGGGAAGAGCAGCACAGCCAACAGCAUUCUGGGAGAGCAGGUGUUCAGGACUUCAUGUCGUGCAAAAUCUGCUACAGCUACAUGCGAGGCUAAAACAGCGACUGUUUAUGGAAGGAAAAUCACUGUGGUUGACACACCAGGGUAUUUUUGUGCUGAGUGCACUGAUGAAGAACUAAAACCUGAAAUAGCCAGAUGCAUCACAGAGUGUUCCCCUGGACCUCACGCCUUUGUCAUAGUGCUGCCUGUGGGGAGGCAGACAGCAGAGGAGAAGAAAGCAGUGAAAGAGUUUCUGAAAACGUUUGGGGAGAAGGCUCUGAAGUACGCUGUUGUCCUGUUUACACAUGGAGACCAGCUUGAUGACGACGUGACCGUUCAGCAGUUUGUGGAUAAAUAUGACAACCUAAAAACACUUGUCCAAAAGUGUGGAAACCGGUUUCAUGUCAUCGAUAACAAAUACUGGAAUAACCCCACUGAAGGCCACAAUGAUGAGCGAAGCAACGCUGCUCAAAUCAAAAAGCUGCUGAACACGAUUGAUCAGAUGGUGGAACAGAACGGAGGCAAGCACUACACCAACGACAUGCUCCAAGCUGUGGAACAAGCUCUAAAAGAAGAACUGGCCAAGUUGAAAUCUGUAAAAGAUAAAAAAAAGGAAGAACAAAGCUCAAGCUGUACCUGUAGCUGAGGUAGCAAAGAUGGGGAUGGGACUGGGGGCCUGCAUGCGUAUGAU